CUUCAUUAAGUUUGCACUUGCAUUUUAUAUGGAUAGUAAAUUGUUUACUUCUAUUGUAGCGGGUUCAUAUGUGAGGCAAUUUGUUAACAAUUAAGAUACCGAUUAUUGUACUUGUAGUCUGCUCAACAUAUCUUGUAGAACUCGACACAUGAUGUAACGUGGUGAUGGUUUAGCAAUACAACUUUUAUUGAUCUCAAAAGAAAGAUUUUGAGGGUACCCUGAUGAAGCCGAAAGUUACAGUGAAUAUUCAAUUAGAUUUGUUAAAGGCUCGGGUUGGACCCGACCCGGUAACCCAAUACUUCCUGGCAUGCAAACCCGGCGCCGGCCAUAUAUAGAAUAAUUGGAAAUGGCCAACCUCAUCACGCCACGACCGGGGCAAGUGCCACGUGUGCAGCCACUUCUCUCUUGUUAUAGAAUCUGGAAUUGCAAGUUGCAAAAGGCUCUAGAUUUGACUUCCUUCUUCUUCUUCUUCUUCUUCAGAGAGCCAAAUAUUUCUCUCUCUCUCUCUCUCUCUCUCUCUCAGAUAUCGAAACCUCCAAAUCCCAUAAAGAUGGAAUCCAAAGAUCAGAAUGUGGAGCUGAUUGACGAGGCGAUCAAGAGGCUUUUGGAGGAGAGGAGAAACAGAGGAGUCUCCGGCGAGAGCUUUUUCCAAGGAGAUGAUGAUAAAGACGACCACCUCCUCCUCUCGCGAUUGCUCUCUCAGUGUAGCAUCCUAUUCCCAGUUAGAAUCAGUGAAGGGAAAUGUCGAGGGGAUUCAGAUAGCCGAAGCCUUAACCGAGCCGAUCGAGAAAGAGGUGACAGAAAUCUCGGAAGGUGGUGAAAAGGAGGCGAAAAGUAAGAAUGAGGGUGGUGGUGGUGGUGGUGAAUCAGACAAAGAAGAGAUGGUGAAAGAAUUGAAAAGUCUGAAGAGACAGAACACCAUCACGCACUGGCUUUUAUCUGUGAUGAUAGUGCUGACUGUAGCUUGGCAAGCCUCGGAGGUGGCCAUGCUCUUGAAAGUGAAGCAUGGAUUGAGCCACCCCUUGAGCUACGUCGGGAGCGUGUUUUCGAGCUUGUUCUCGGGGGGUUCGGAUCAAGCUGCAGAGAACGAGAAGCAAAAAAAUGAUACAUUCACUUCUCUCAAGAUGCCUGAGCUCCCCUCUGUGGAGCUACCUGAUAUUGGUUUACAUGGGAAAAAACAUAAAGAGAUCGAGUUUGAUUCUUUUUGUUUUUUUGAGUGAUUUGCUGUAGGAAUAGGAGUGAAGCUAGCUAGCAUUUCAUUUAUGCUUUGUCAGUUGAUGUUUGCAAAAACCUGUUUUUUGUUUUUCAUUGGAUUCAUGAAGAAAUUGCUUUCUGUA